GUGUGUGUGUGUGCGUGUGCGCGCGCGCUUGUGAUUUAAACCGGAUGCAGGGCAUCUGUGCUACUUGGGUUAGUGGUUCCUGACAGCGCUUUAUCCUUCAUGUGGAGAUGGGAGGGGUAGUCCUGAGGUUCUGUUUCACUUUGAUGCACCUCCCUCCCCACAGGAGAGUGUUAGCAAUUUUCAUUGUGGUUUUGAGACUUUGUCUGUGAUGAACAGGAAAAGGACACAAGGAAGCUUUGUGAGAACUCAGUUCACAACGCUGUUUGUGACAGUUAUGAUACUUUGAGAGUUUUUUUCUCUCCCAUCUUCAUCUCUGUUCGUUUCCCUUGGAGAGUUGAAAUUGAAGUCAAGUUGUUCAUAAAGAAUGUAUGAAGCUUCUCAACUUGAAACAGAUUUUUAUCAGAGGAAUGUAGACUGGAAUCUGCAAUGGUUCUCAAAAUCCCAAAGUGAGACCAUCAUGCAGACUUCAGAGACGGGUUCAGACACAGGUUCGACAGUGACUCUACAGACAUCUGUGGCUAGCCAAGCAGCGGUGCCUACCCAGGUGGUACAGCAAGUGCCAGUUCAGCAGCAGGUGCAGCAGGUACAGACAGUUCAGCAGGUCCAGCAUGUCUACCCAGCUCAGGUGCAGUAUGUGGAAGGAAGUGACACAGUCUAUACUAAUGGAGCAAUCCGAACAACAACUUAUCCCUAUACAGAAACACAGAUGUACAGCCAAAACACUGGAGGAAAUUACUUUGAUACUCAAGGAAGUUCAGCACAGGUGACAACCGUGGUGUCCUCCCACAGUAUGGUGGGUACUGGUGGUAUUCAGAUGGGCGUCACAGGAGGACAGCUCAUCAGCAGCUCCGGAGGAACCUAUCUGAUUGGCAAUUCAAUGGAGAAUUCUGGUCACUCAGUGACACACACAACUCGGGCCUCCCCAGCGACAAUUGAAAUGGCGAUUGAGACGCUGCAAAAGUCUGACGGUCUGUCCACUCACAGAAGCUCUCUUCUCAACAGCCAUCUCCAGUGGCUGUUGGACAACUAUGAGACAGCGGAAGGAGUGAGCCUUCCGAGAAGCACUCUGUACAAUCACUAUCUUCGACACUGUCAGGAACACAAACUGGACCCAGUCAACGCUGCCUCGUUUGGAAAACUAAUAAGGUCCAUUUUUAUGGGGCUACGGACUAGGAGAUUAGGAACUAGAGGAAACUCCAAGUACCAUUACUAUGGGAUUCGUGUGAAGCCAGAUUCUCCUCUUAAUCGUCUACAAGAAGAUAUGCAGUAUAUGGCUAUGAGACAACAACCCAUGCAACAGAAGCAAAGGUACAAGCCUAUGCAGAAAGUGGAUGGGGUUGCAGAUGGUUUCACAGGAAGUGGCCAACAGACAGGCACAUCUGUUGAGCAAACUGUAAUUGCCCAAAGUCAACAUCAUCAACAGUUUUUAGAUGCAUCUCGAGCACUUCCAGAGUUUGGAGAAGUUGAAAUCUCUUCUCUGCCAGAUGGAACUACCUUUGAGGAUAUCAAGUCACUGCAGAGUCUUUAUCGAGAGCACUGUGAGGCAAUAUUGGACGUUGUUGUGAAUCUUCAGUUUAGCCUGAUAGAAAAAUUAUGGCAAACAUUCUGGCGCUACUCUCCCUCUACUCCAACUGACGGCACUACCAUCACUGAAUCAAGCAAUCUGAGUGAAAUAGAAAGUCGACUUCCGAAAGCAAAGCUGAUAACUCUGUGCAAACAUGAGUCUAUCCUGAAAUGGAUGUGUAACUGUGACCAUGGGAUGUACCAGGCUUUGGUGGAGAUUCUCAUCCCCGACGUCCUUAGACCCAUUCCUAGUGCCUUGACCCAAGCCAUUCGAAAUUUUGCAAAAAGCCUUGAAGGUUGGCUUUCAAAUGCCAUGAACAAUAUUCCACAGAGAAUGAUACAAACCAAGGUUGCCGCUGUAAGUGCCUUUGCCCAGACUCUGCGAAGAUACACAUCGCUCAAUCACCUGGCCCAGGCAGCCCGUGCCGUGCUUCAGAACACUUCCCAGAUCAACCAGAUGCUCAGCGACCUCAAUCGCGUUGACUUUGCCAAUGUCCAGGAGCAAGCUUCCUGGGUGUGCCAGUGUGACGACAACAUGGUUCAGAGACUGGAAACAGACUUCAAGAUGACGCUUCAGCAGCAGAGCACACUGGAGCAGUGGGCCGCAUGGCUGGACAAUGUGAUGAUGCAGGCGCUGAAGCCCUAUGAAGGAAGACCCAGCUUCCCAAAAGCCGCCAGGCAGUUUCUGCUCAAAUGGUCUUUCUACAGCUCAAUGGUAAUUCGGGACUUAACCUUACGCAGUGCUGCUAGCUUUGGCUCCUUUCACCUGAUCCGGCUACUCUAUGAUGAGUACAUGUUCUACUUGGUAGAGCAUCGUGUGGCUCAAGCGACAGGAGAGACACCAAUAGCAGUGAUGGGCGAGUUUGGUGAUUUAAAUGCUGUGUCUCCUGGAAAUCUGGAUAAAGAUGAAGGCAGUGAAGUAGAAAGUGAGAUGGAUGAAGACCUGGAUGAUUCUUCAGAGCCUCAGGCCAAAAGAGAGAAAACAGAGCUGAGCCAGGCGUUCCCGGUGGGCUGCAUGCAGCCAGUCCUGGAGAGUGGUGUGCAGCCCAGCCUCCUGAGCCCCGUGCACAGUGAGCACAUCGUCACAAGCACACAGACGAUCCGGCAGUGCAGCGCCACGGGCAACACCUACACGGCAGUCUAACAGCACGAAACAAUGUCUCCAGCUUACUUUACCCCACUAUCCUGGGCUUAAGCUGAAAUUUUAACAAGCCUAAAGGUUGACUGUUGUCAAAAGUCUGUCUGUGCUGAACAUUACCUUUUUGGAGUUGUGAAAUGGAAUGGGUGUAUGUGUUUUUCCAGAAUUUUUUUUUAACACAAAUUAUUUGCCUUUUAAUAAUAGGAGUUUCUCCCCUACUCCCCCUUAGUUUCAGGUGUCAAGAAGGAUUUUUACAACACGUAAUGUCAUUGCUUUUGUUUUCUCAUACUUAAAAAGUAAUUUACAUUUUGUAGCUUAAAAUAUUUUAUUGUUGAUUGUUAGUCUUGGUGUAUGAUUUUAUGUGUAAGUUUUUUAAUUAGAUGCACUUCUGUGAAAUAUCAAAAGAAAUGAAUUUCUUUGAUUUACACUGGAGGCAUGCCCAUUUGGCAGCAGAUGCAUCAAAUUUGCUUCUGGAAGGUGCUUUUCAUUGGACAGAACCAUAAGACACUAUUUUGAUAACAUUUUGGAGUAUGGAAAGAAUACAGAGCGUUUUUAUUAUAAUGGUAGAGGGUUGGGAAGGUCAUCUAUUUUUCUCUGAAAAAAAUUGAGCUGUGCAUUUAUCAGUUCAGGGUAAAUGACAGAAUGGCAAGAGAUUAUGCUUAUAUGUACAUAAUUUGUGUACAUAACUAUUAAACCAUGUUAACAAUGCAAGCUUCCGUUAGACAUUGACUUUUAACUAUUAUUUACAUACCAAUUCCUCUGUUUAAAGACUACUGAUUCUGUAUUGGGACCACUGCACAGAUGCAUUCUGCUGUUAAGUGGGGCUGUUAUAGUUAGAUACUGAAGCUGAAAAAUGACUUGACUUUUUUUUUUAAGUGUACAUGCUACUUAUACUGAGCUGGACAUACAGGAAACCAUUCCAUUUGGAUGACUUUCUUUUAUUCCAGGUCUUUUUUCUAAUAGUAGUUCAAUAUGCUGCUAUUAUAAAAAAAAAUGUAUAGAAUGCAAGGAAUGUAGCGACCUGCAUAUUGUUAUUUCCUGGUUUCUAAAGUACAUGGAUUUAAAUUUUACACAGAACCUGAAGGCAGUGUGACUGGCACACCUCACUGUUGCUGACCCCGAUUCUGUAGGAUUUGGAUAGGUGGCUGGAUGGACCAUUGCCAUUGAAGAAUGUACAUCAGGGAUCAUCGUACCUCGGCUAUUACAUGGUGCCUUAAAACAGAACUGAGCUAAGGUUUAGUAAGGUUUAUUUUGUUCGUGAAUAACUCUUCAACCCAUUUGGUAAAGUGUGCCUGUCAUGCUCAGACUGCUGAAGUAAGGACAGGCCACAUGUUCUUCAAGGGGAAUUGAGGGGAAAAUGAAGCAACACAAAGAGACAAAAACUUCAGUUUCUCUCUGAGUGACUGUGAGUGGACUUGUCUAUGUUUUAUCCUUGGAGCUGAAUAUCACUUGAUUACAAAUCAGAUUGCUAAGGGUGUGGACUAACAAGCUAGUUUUCAUACAAACAUGUUACAUAAACAUGUCAUAUGUUGUAGAUAAUUCUUAUCUAGUUACAAUUUUGGAAAGCUAACAGAAUGAGCAGGUACUUAUUGAAGUGCAUCUUUUCAGUCUAAAUGUUUGUCUGUGUGUCUGUGUGUCUCUGUAUACACAUACACACAUGCACACACACAUGCGCACGCACUCACCCAUGCAUGCACGCACACACAUGGAGCAGGAGUCUGCUACAGUCAGAAGGUGAGACCCUAAAGAGCACAGGCUCAUCAUGUUUUAUUUUGCAUGAAAAACCAAGGUUCUUUUCAGAACUGAAAUUAACAACAACAACAAAAAAAAUAGGACACAUUCUUUUGUUUAAGUAACUAUAAAAAUAAAUGAGUGAAAGUCAGUAAGUAAGGAAAUCAAUAAAACCAAAAAAGAAAAGGAAAGCACAAAACGAUGUUUAGAUCACUACUGAGGCCUGUAUUAAAAUGAAGACUUCAUCUUUCCAGUUGAGUUGGGUGAGGAGUGUGGUUAAGGAGAUAAGGCUGCUCCAAUUAAAAUGAAGACUUCAUCUUUCCAGUUGAGUUGGGUGAGGAGUGUGGUUAAGGAGAUAAGGCUGCUCCAAUCUGGAAAGUUAAAAAUACCAAAUGGCUUAUCAGGAAACACAGUGUAUUGAAACUGUUAUUGCCUGAUUGUCUCAAACUUCUGAGGAUCAACAGCAUUUCUUACAUUAAAAUGUCAUAAACAUAGUUUUUAGUGGAUUCUGAUUUUGUACCGAGGAACUUACUCACACCUGUCUUCACUGGCAUCCAAGCAUGACUUCAUUUACUGAAGAUUCCCAAAGGCAAUGAAUUUGCAAACCCCUCCCCUGCAUAAUCCAUCAUAAGCUCCAGAAGACCAUGGAUCUACUUCAUUGUGAGUUAGAAAAUGUUUACACAUAAAAUUUAAAUCAUCACAUAGCUCUCUUCAUUUUAAUUCUCCCUCCUGAGGUCUUUCCGUUUCCUGUUUCUGCCUGUCAUCAACAGAUGGCGUCGUGUCUGUAUUGGACCAAAUGUAUUUACUGGUGUCACUGUGUUUAUUGGUUGAUUUUUAAUGUAUUUGUAUCACUGUUUCAUUUAAUUUAAUGUUGGAGAUACUUGUAUCAUGAAAGGAAUCUGCUAACAAUGGAUAGAUAUAAACUCAUCAGAGUGAGGGACUGAGUGGCCCUCCAGAAUUCCACAUUUCUUCCACUUGUUCAUGGUUUGUUCUAAAUUAGGACAGAGUAGAUAUUAAUAAGCCUUGUUAUGAUUGGAAUUGACUCAAAUAUUCUGAAAUCUUCUAUAAAUAUUUAGAAACAUUAAUCCUUUUACACUAGUGUAGCUAGUUCUAACCAGUGCACACAACAGAACACCAAUGGCUUAUGACACUUCUAGCUAUUUGUAGUACUCACUUGAACACACAUCAAUUUUGGAUUUGAAUUGUGAAAUAUAUUACACAACAGAACAGUAAUUUAUAUGCAGGCAUAAGCUAGAACAAUCACAUGUGUUGUAGUCAUUUAAGAUUUGUUUCCAUUUUCCAUUCCCAGAAACUGACUUUUCUUAAAAAUCCACAUUACAAUGAGACUUCAUUGUGGACUUAUUGACACAAUGCAGAUUUUAAGGACUUCUGGUAUUUCUUGACAUUGGAAUCAAAUGAUAGUCCUGAAAUACAUGAGUGCAAACCAAGUGCUACACUUCCAGUGAGGAACAGGGAAGGGAGGUGCAUGCGCUGUUGGUACAUUUCAGAAGAGCUAUCUCCAUGUAAUACAAUCGAAUAUUAUAGGAAUAGUUUAAUAUUAGCAAACACUUGGAGAAUUAUAGCCAAAAGAUUUGCACUUCCAAAACCAGUGAACAAUGAGUGGAAUGGUUGAACCUUCUCCUGGGAACACAGGGCCCAGUUUUUGAUGUUUUCUUUCCUUUGGAUACCAAGUUACUAAGGAUUUGCAUCCAAAUCAUGUCUGGAUUGACUGUGUGAGUCUUACUGCCUUUUCAGAAAUCUGCGUUCCUUUUCGUGAUUUCCCUUGUACUGUAUAGCACGGUUCACGCACCUCUCUUUAGAUGGUGUACUUUAAAAACAGAGGUAAAAUACACAGAUGGUUUUCGCACUGCAUACAUAAAGUUAGUAGUGUGCAACAUUAACUGCCUUUGAUUUGUAGUAGAUGUGCAGAAAUGAGCACGUUCUUGCAGAAUGCUGGAGAUGUCAAUCAGGAGUGAGUACUGCUUCCAUGCUGUCCUCAUGGGCCUUUUUACAUGGACACACUCUCUAGAAGUGCUUAAUGCAUUUUCAGUUUUUAAAAGAUUCUUCUUCUUAUUAUUUGAAAUGUCUAAAAUAACGCUGUGCUUGCAGCACCGGUGUAAAAGCAAACAAGUGUGUGACUGUGAUGGUCCUCAUUGCGUGGACACAGUAGGAAGUCAAAAACUUGACUACUCACAUUUGUACACAAGGUGAGGCAGUGGUUAUCUGUAACAGACUGACUUUGUCAUAACCUCCCUCUCCCCAAAUUCUUUUGAUCAAAUCAGACCAUCCAGAAAUGAAAAUCUGAACUCUCUGAUCUCUGUGGAUCAUGUAGGAGUAUGGGGGAGAAGGGCUGGCAUGCAGUGUUGUUGAACACCAGGCUGUGACUGGGUCAGAGCCACCUCCAUGUCCACGGUAGAGCAAACCCCUUAACAGAACCCUAGUAUUUCUGCGAGUCUGGUGAUUUUUAUAAGACUGGAAUUGAAGCAUUAAUUCGGUGCUGAGUUCUAGUCUUAGAAAAGCCCUUUGCUGUAAUGCCUUGUAUUAACCCUUUGAGCAUUGUAAGAUAUACAAUGGGGGAUAAAAGCCUUUCAGAUCAUUUAUUUAGACUUAAAAAAGUAAAAUAGCCUCUAUAUCCAAAUGUCUAAUUACACUGUUUUUUAAAGGGGGGGGUCAGAAAAGAAAGUGUCUCCAUGCCGAACACUUGCAUUUUAUAUACAACUCUUAAUUUUACUUCAAGAGGGCUUGAUAUAUUUAUUCCCAGAUAUUCACUGCCAUCUAAGUAAGUGUACUGUUUACAGAAGACAAAAAUCAGCUUUUCUAGCAUCACGUGACUCUCUAGAAAAGGAGGACACAGACAUUGGCCUGUGCAGGCCUAUGUUGCAACUGAUUUCUGCACACUGGAGGUACCUGAUUGCCUUUAAAAGGUAUAAUAAAAUAAAGGGUUACAUUUCUUCUUUUUUCCCAAAACAGAAGAUCUCAUUUAUUUAGCUUUAGGAAGUACAAAUGUAAGUGGAGCCUUAGGAAGAAAUGAGUUCCUUUAAACACAACUGAACUUGGGAUAGUUAGGUCUUUGAAGUUGCAUCUAUCAUAAAAUACUGUUUGGAAAUUCUUACGGGGCAUCAUUUUAUCUGUGCUCCAAUGCAUUAAUACUAAUAAGUCAGAGAGAGACAGAGUGGCGAGCAAGGCACUCCCUUGCUCUGAGCUCUUCUGUCGGGAGAUGCUGUCACUACUGCUUCAGAUAUCUCUGAAUGCCAUUCUGUGUACAACAUUGCUGAUUUCUCUGAGGGAACUUCUGGACAGUUGAUCUGGUCCUCCCCUGUGUGACAGACCACAGAGCAGUGUUGUCUGCUUAUGUGCCCACACUGCCCUCGCUGGGCACAAUGGGAGUGUAACCUAUUCCGAUGUCUACUGACAUCCAUAGCAUAGUGCAAGUGUCCGCACAUUGCUUUUUAGGCAGUUGAGGAAGUCAGACCAUGCAAAUUACUCGUGUGUCAACAUGCAAUCCUCAAAGGGUUUUCCUUUAGCUCUCUUCUUUUGACUCUUCAUGAUGAUUUACUGUAAAUGCUUCUCAGUUUGCAUGCCUUGCCCAUUGCUGCUAGUGAUUUUAUGUGCCAGUAGACCUGAGUUUAGUUUACCAAUUUUACUUAAAUAGUAAAAGCCGCUUACAAAGUGACUGCCUAGGAUCGAUUCUCCUUUUGUUUAAAGGGAUUGGUGAUAUGUCUUCUUAAAAGAAAUAUUUUGUCUCUUUUAUUGGUUCUGAUAUUUGAAUCUUUUCCCCUUCUUUCCUUUGUUUUCUUUCUUUUUUCUUUUUUUUAAUAAAGUAUGACGUUGGGAUUGGAAGCCCUGAGUAAUGAAAUAUUUGGUAAGAAUCAUUUAUGUAGUUCAGUAAUGAGGAUAACAAAUCUCCGUGAGAAGUUUGAUUUUGGGGAGGAAAGCAAAAAUAAAACUCUAAUUGACUUUUGAUGACCAAGUAAAUUUUCCUGGAAUAAAUUAGCAUUCCUGAGCAAACGAUUGCCUUGUUUUAGCCUACCAUACGCAAUUUUCUCUGCGCCGCUAAGGAAGGUAUUAAAUUUUAUUCGUUUAAAAAGCAUCUUCUGUACCAAAGCAGAUUCUCUUCUCUGCUCCUCUCCGUCAUCGAUUGGGCCUAUGGUGGCGACCAAUGUGUUGGCUCCAGAAACUUAAGUGAGUGCCUUGAGAACACUUGGGAAUUUGUGCCUGAGGUGGGAAACUUUUAAUUAGGUUAAUUGUAGCGCUUACCAAUCAGUGACUCCACUAUCACUCAGGGCUUUCGUACCUUCUAGGUAAAACUUCUUUCGUUGUGUUUUUUUUUUAAAUACUGUAUUUUUUUUAAGUGCCAUCAUUUAAAUUUCACUUAGUAAGUGGCAGAUUACAUUCUUCAGUCCCACAAGCACACAACAUAGUAACACUAGGAGAUAUCUGAGCAUUUAUUUUACAAUCGACUGAAUAUAUUAUGUAAAUGAGGUAAGCAACUUUUGUAGAGAUUGUAUGUGUGAGAUAAUGUAAUGUUCUUUUCCAGUUUUUGGACUACAGUUGAAUAAACUUUUUAAUUAUUUAAAAACAUCUUUACCGAAUAACAUGUGAUGGUUUUUUGUAUAAUGUAUUUGAUUUUGUAAAUACGUAUUUCCUGAUGUGAUUUUUGUGAGAAACGCUAAAUCUUUUAGUAUACCAUGUCCUCUCAAGAUUGGCAGGAGCUAAAUACUAGUUUGUGGGCGAUUUGUAUUGUGUACUGUACAAUAACUGGGGAACUUUUAUAAUUAUAAAAAUAUAUAUUAACUUUUAGUGUGUUGUUUAAACAAAUGACUGGAACAUACUAAAGAUAUUAGUAGGAUUUUUUCUGAAUAUUUCAGACUUGAACUCAGGCUAGCUUUCUUGUGUUUUUCAAAACAAAAUGGUGUCUUGUCUUUUAAAAAUCAAUAAAUUUGUUUCCUUGU